UCAAAAACAUGUCUGAAUAGUGGAAAAUGCAAUUUAUUGUUCCAAAUCGUGUUGUUCAGGGAAAUACAGGAAAUUGAAUUGGACAAACACAUUCGACUUAUCGAUUCUCCCGGAGUGGUUCUACUAAGCGCAAAAGAUCUUGAUCCUGUUGAGGUAGCCCUUAGAAAUGCGAUUCGUGUGGAUAAUUUAAUGGAUCCCAUUGCUCCUGUGAUCGCAAUUUUGAGAAGAUGCUCGAAACAAACGCUGAUGUUGCACUAUUCGAUUCCGGAAUUCAAUUCUACGGAACAAUUUCUCGCUCUGGUAGCUCGAAAAUUGGGUCGACUCAAGAAAGGAGCCAGGCCAGACACGAAUGCUGCUGCAAAGCAUGUGCUGCAUGAAUGGAACAGCGGAAAGCUGCGUUAUUACACUCUUCCACCAGAAGACACAGCCUCCGCAUCUGCUCCUGAAACCGGUGUAUCAGCUGAGAUUGUUAGCCAAUUCAGCAAGGAGUUCGAUAUUGAUGGCCUUGAUGAUGACUUGAAACAACUGGUUGAAGGUUUACCAAUGGAGAUGGACGCCACCUUUGUUCCCUAUAAUUCCUCAAAUGAAGACGAAGAUGAUAAAGAUUCAGAAAUGAUUGUUGAUCAAGAAAUAAAACGUACUGAGAAGUUGGCUGAUGCAAUGGACAUCACUUCCAUAUAA